CUGCUCCUUGACACUAAGGCGAUCCGCCUUCUUAGCUGCUGCCUUUUUUUCCCAGGGAUCGGGGUCGAGUAGUGCAGGUAGGACCAAAAUAUCCGGGUCGGAGCGGAUGCUUGACUGCGCGCUCGCACACGCAUGAGCGGCCUCGUUGCCUCGGCCGCCCGCGUGUCCCGGUACUCAACCCACCCGCACCUUUAUGUUGCGGGUGGAGAGCAGUUCAGCACAUAGGGUCUUAAUGCGCUGGCAGAGGGAGCCCUGACGGGGUGUGAGCCCAAGCCUAGUGACGGCCUCUCUGCUGCCCAUAUAAACCAGAACCCGGAUGGGAUCAGGGGAGCUGGCUUGAGGUCUGUGUUGUGGGGACCCUCUCCCUGGCUCCUCCGCGCUCCGUGACCUUCCCGGUCCCCGCCGCCGUACUGUCGGGCGCUCCUUCGUUCCCCGUGACCUUCCCGUUUUCCGUCGCCGUCCUGUCGCGGAACGUCCGAGCUCUCCGGGAGGAACGGGGCAAGCGCCCCCUCACCCAGCGCUGACGUCGGAGGGUCGGCUCGCAGCAAGGUUCCCGAUUGGACGGUCGGCGGGACAAGGACUUGGGAAGGUCUUAAAAGGGGAACGGAGACAAAGGAAGGGGUCUUUGGCUGGCGACUUCGAAAGGGACCGGUCAGGGAGGUCACCGGGACGACAGCGACGAGCGGCUCUCCAACGGCGUGAGUUUCAGUAAACUCUUUUGAACACGCACUGUGUCGGUGACUUCUUGGGGAGCGAGCGAGGCACGUCCCGAUCGGGCGUCGAUUAGGUAGCGACCCACAUAAUCUGGCGCCCACGUGGGAGCCCGAUCGGUUGGCCGUUGCUUUCGCUCCUCCCUGAGAGGUCGCGCACUUUCCGUUUUCGCGGAUUUUGGAGGUUAGCGUGCUCGAAUUUUGCGAAUUGUGUUCGAGUUGGUAGAAAGUGACAAUGGUCGACACCAGGUCGACCACCGGCGCGAGUAAGGACGGUUCGUCGGAGGACGAGCCUGGGCGAGAUAGCGCUGGGGCUGCUCCGAUUAGCGGAGACUCGGGCUCACGCGCGCCCCCGGAGACUGGGCCUUCGCCCCCAGCUUCACCAGCGACGGAAGGCGUGCUAGACGCCGGUGAACUGAUGCGCGCGAUGACGCGGAUGAUGGACGCGAUGUCGCGGCAGAUGGGGACAGCCCCAAGCGUCGCGAGUGCCGCGCCUUUGCCGAUACACCGCCCGCGGUUGAGCUUGCCUACGCCGACGUACUCGGGGUACUCCGACGGGAAAUCGGUGCACGAUUUCCUGCAGGAUUUAGACGCGUACGUAACCGCUUUGGGGGCAUCGGACGCAACAGCCCUGCUGCAGAUCGUGCCGAUUGCACUGACGGGCGACGCCGCGCGUUGGAGACGGCUGCAAACGCCGUUCCAAUCAAUGGCGGACUUCCGGGCGCGGUUUCGGGAGGAACUCCUUCCUCCCGACUACGAGAUGCGGAUUCGCGACGAGCUGGCGAGCCGCACUCAGCACCCGGAUGAGAGCCUCGUGGAGUACGUCCGUGCACUCCAGGAGCUCUACUCGCGGGCCGAACCCUCCGCGCCUAACGCGGAGAAAGUAGCGAGGGCGAUCCGCCAGUGCCACCCCAGAUUUAAGGCGUAUCUUCGAGGACGCGAUUUCGCAGACCUCGAAGCACUGGCGAGAGAGGCGCGCACGGUUCAAACAGGCUUGCUCGCUGAGCUGCAGUAUCGGCCCCCUCCAAGGGCCAAGGAGUCCUUGGAGCCGGGUUGCGCGUGGACGGGACGCGCCGCGGACGGUUACGUCGAGUCGCAGACGGCGUACGUGGCCGUCGCGGAUCGCGGGAAUGGCGGAGCCAUUCCACCUCGGGCCCUCGACCCAUUCGGCUUCGAGCAAAGGCGCAGGGUAGCCAGCGCACACUCAGCCGGGGCGCAACCCCGUAGGGGGGGCGGCGCGGUCGAAUACCGCGGAGACGUAACGCGUUACGACGCUCGCGGCAGCGACAACAGCGCUCGGCGAGGCGGCGCGCCGCGUGCCGUUAGCAACAGAUCAACUGUAGCACGCGACGACCGCGCCCAAGUCAGGUGCUUCAGGUGCCACCAGCCUGGGCACAUCAGGCGGCAUUGCACGUGGGCAGCGGAAUCCGGAUACUCGGAAAACGCGCGGGGCCGGCGCCAGUAA